AUGCCACUCCGUACCGUCACCGGCUACACGGAUGAGGCGAUUCGGCAAAGCCGUGAGCUGCUGAGUUUCUACAAGAAGCGUCAGGAAAUCGAGGCUGGGUAUGGCAUCGCGCUAGCCAACCUAUGCAAGACUUACAGGAGAACGUCCAUAGACGAGAGUCCCGCGGCAGCGAAAGGGGAAGGUCGCCGAGCAGCAGACGAUGGGGUGCAAAUACUGGAGUCGACAGUGUGGGGGGCAGCAUUCUGCGCCGCGACGGGUCUGAAGGCGGUGGCGGAUGCACAUACCCAGACGGCAGCGAAACUGCAAGCCAAUGUCAUCGACCCCUUGCAAAUGCGGAUCCGCGACAUGAAGACGAUGCGACUGCUCCACCUCGAGCGCUCGCGUAUGCUCAACCGUCAGCUCCAGGAGGUGUAUACCGAGUGCAGGAGGGCAAAGCAGGAGUAUGAUAAGUCGCAGGAGACGGCGAAUGAGGCGGUGGACGCGUUCUCGAAGGCUCAACUGAGGGCGGAGAAGAAGAAGGAGCUGGAACGAUUGCAGGCGAAGGCUACUGCUGCUAUAGACCGGGUUUCGGUCGCCGCUGAUGCGCUUCGGACGCUGGAGGAGAAGAAAAGGACGGCACAGCAGGAGUAUUUUGAGGAGAAGCUUCCGCAAUUUUAUUCUGAAAUCCGCCGAUACGAAGAGAAACGGCUGAAUAUCAUUAGCCAAGCACUGAAAGACGUCGCCGACCUAGACGAUGAAGAAAACGCAGUUCGGCUGACAACGACCUCCGAGACCCUCGAAGUGAUCCAAGGUAUCGACGUUCAGGAAGACAUCGCUGAGUUCGACAAACUGCUUGAGUUGGCCGAAAAGGCCUUUGGCGAGGUCUCAGUUCGAUCUUUGGUAGGCGCUCUUAAGGGCGGGAGAGUCUCCAUCAAACGCGGGGACACAAGUUCGGGAUGGAACAAUGCUUAUCUGGUGCUAAUGGCGGAAGACGAGCUUCUGUACUGCUUCGACAGUGAAGACUCCGAACAGCCACGCGAGGUGAUCACCUUGGGAUGGUCCCAGGUUUACUCGGUGGACGAUAGCUAUUUUGGGCGAGCAAACUGCUUCCAACUCAUGUUCGACCAAGACGAUGUCUCAACCGGCAACAACAGCAAGAUGGGUACUUUGAACAACUCCAAUAGCAAAGGUCCAUCGCGCAUGACCUACAACUUUAUUGCGGAGUCUGCGAACGACAAGCAUGAAUGGAUCCAUGCAUUGCGGAAAUUCGGGUAUUGUUGCGAAACAUGUGCAUCGGCAGCCGACGACGGUGAUGCGGAAGGUGUUGCCCCAAUGCAACAGCGAUCGCUGCAGUUGUGGGUAAUGGAAGCGAAAGAAAUGAAAGCACCGUCCACAUCAGCACUUGGCCCUGUCGGAAAGUCCAUAAACCCAUACUGCAUCGUUUUACUCAACGACGUGAAGCAGGCAAGAACGUCGGUGAAAAGCGAUGAUUCCCCGUUCUGGGGCGAGGAGUUUAGACUGAGCGACAUCUCUCCAUGUCGGACACGCCUAAGACUGUUGUUCUUUGGCAGCUCCCCAACAAAACUGCAGAAAAACAUGGAAGUCGGCUAUGUGAGCAUCAAUCUCUCUCGAAUGCCUCCCAAUAAACGAGUCGAAGAAUGGUACCACAUCCGGCCAUUCGGCGGGGACAAGGAUGCGGCGAAGGAUCGGCCGGCGACGGUAGGCUCCGUACGAAUAGCGUACAAGCUCACGAAUGAGCAGAGUUUGCCCAUGGGUCUCUAUGAGGAGCUGUUGUCUACAGUGACGGAGCCUACCAUGACGUGCGUGCAGUUCAUCGGGGAGCGGAUAACGAAGCCGCAGCCGAGGGAAGAGCUUGCGAUUACGGUCCUGAACAUCCUAGUGGCUUUUAAUCGAGAUGUGCAGGGGUUGCAGACGCUGACGAGGAUGGAGAUCGCCAAGACUGCUGAUCCUAAUAUUAUGUUCCGUGGGAAUUCGAUUACCACCAAGAUUUUGGAUCAGUAUAUGAAGAUGGUCGGGCAGCCAUACUUGCGUGGAACGCUGCAAUCGCUAAUCAAAGGCGUCUACGCUGCAAAAGAAAGUUGCGAAGUAGAUCCGUCUCGGUUGCCAUCGGGCAGGGAAUCGGAAACCGUCAAACGAAAUUGGAAGCGUUUGCUCAACCACGUUACAAUUUUCUGGGAAGCCAUCCACAAUUCCGCGAUCAAAUGUCCCGCUGAACUGGUGGACAUAUUCCACGACAUGAUGUACUCUGCCGAAACUCGCUUUCCGAAAACGAAUGUCAAGUAUUCUGCCGUAAGCGGGUUCAUUUUCCUGCGGUUCUUCUGUCCUGCGAUUUUGUCACCGAAGUUGUUUGGCAUCACGGCCGAUCAUCCACCAGAUCCGGCAAUUGCUCGCACUCUGACAUUGAUUGCGAAGAUACUGCAGAAUCUCGCCAACCUUUCCGAAUUUGAAGGCAAGGAACCGCACAUGGCCCCGUGCAAUAGCUGGAUUACGACGCGACUGGAUGGGAUGAAACAUUACAUCGAGCAUAUUUCCGGCUUUGUUACCGGCGCCCCGCGUCCGCCAACAUCUAAACCUCGCAUCAACUUGCGGCGAGAAGGGGCGUUACUCCACCAGUGCAUUAACGAUGCUUGGGAAGUUAUCCUUCCCGCUAUUCGCGCUUUGCAGCCACAGUCAUCCGAUGAGUCGAACCAUAGUGAUUCCGCGACAACGGAGGCUACAGACGCGGCGGCGACUUCCGACAAUCCCUUGAUACGCCUGAUACCAAUCGUGGAGAAACUCAACGCCGCGACGGAGGAGCAGUCCGCUUUCGAGCUGGGUAGGACGGAGGAUCAUCUGAGGCAAUCGGGUGUGCUGACAACCUUUUCGGCACUACCCAAUUUCGAAGAUCAUGGACGCGGCGAAGAAUAUGCGUAUGCAGAUGACAUUGGUGAUGGUGAAGAGGAUAUGGAAGUGCACAACAACAUCGCCGAAUACUCGUCCCCGCUCGAGUCGCCCGCUCAGCAAUCAGCGAUGAUGCCUGUAAGCGGGGGCACCGACUCGCCAACUCAACCACAAAGCCUAACUCGCCCACGCACUCCCAUCUCCCGAAGCCUGAUACCCAUGAAAAGCAAAUCCUCCAGCAGCGGCUUCAUUCUCGGCUCCCCGCUGCCAGGAGAGGGCGGCUACACGUCCAGUUUCCAGGAAGGCGUCUUUGCCGGCGUCCUUGCAGCUAUCGACGACGCUGAUGCCAACGACGCGUUUGGGCCUAGCCCGACCGAUUCGCCCGCUUCCACACCAUCUGCGGCCCCGCCCGGAGGCCCGAGCACGACGCCCUCACUUAAUCGCGUCAUCCAGCGCUCACCCAGCUAUAGAAGCACGAUGAGCAGACGGGCCCGUGCGAACAGUGCCAGCGAGCGCUCAGGCAACACCAGCGCUUACGCAGUGGACACAGCAGAGUAUUCCAGCAUCCGUGGGCGAGACAGCGAAGCCGAACGCCCAUCCCUCCCACCCAAAGACGGUGCCACCACCUCUUACCUCCCCUCCUCCUCCUCAACACCCACCAGCUCCUCCCCCGCCACCCCUCGCCAAAAAACAUCCUCCUCAGCAACAAAAGCCAUAUCAAACACCCUCUUCACCCGUUCCGCGAAGGUCGGCGCGCAGCUGAAAAGCAUGCUGGGCGGGAAAGACCACGGGGGUUCGAUCACUAGCAAGUCGUUCGCGGGGCUCGGGUCUGUGUCGGGGUUGUUUGGGAAGGGGCAGUCGAACCCGGAUUUGCUGCAUUCGGAGGUUGAGGCGAUGCCGAUUGGCAAGAAUGGGUUGCGCACAGGGGAUGCGGAUAGGGAAAACUAUGUUGCGUCCUCUUCGACUGAGGCGUCGCGGUCAUUGAGAGGGACGCUUCGCCGUGGGUUGGCGAAAAGCUCGACGCUGGGGAAGUCGAUGGGGAGUAGCGAGUUUCUGGGCGCUGCGGGUCCAGACGCACCGGUCAUACCUCUGAAGUCUUCUAUGAAGACACCACGAGGGAAAUUGAGGGACGACGAAGCUGGGUCAGCUAGCCCGUCGUCCGCUGGCAAAGCCCGCCCGCAAUCGAUGGGCGGUUUACCUUCUUCGCUACCGGCUAGGUCCGCUAUGGAUACCCAAUGA